GAUUUCUUCCAAAGCACGGGAAAUUAACUUGGUUAAGGCUGGUCUGGUCUAACUGAGGUGAAGCGAAAAAUUUAUUGCCGUAUCUUGGACCCAACAAAAUGAGAGAUUGUUUCUGUACUAUAAAUUUGGACCAAGAAGAAGUUUAUCGUACCCAAGUUGUUGAAAAAUCUUUAAGCCCAUUUUUUAGUGAGGAAUUUUACUUUGAGAUUCCAAGGAGUUUCCAGUAUUUGUCUUUCUAUGUUUAUGAUAAGAAUGUUCUACAAAGAGACCUUCGUAUAGGCAAAGUAGCCAUCAAAAAAGAAGACUUGUGUAACCAUAGUGGCAAAGAAACUUGGUUUUCACUGCAUCCUGUUGACUCCAAUUCAGAGGUUCAGGGUAAAGUUCACCUUGAAUUAAAGCUGAAUGAACUGAUAACAGAGAAUGGAACUGUGUGCCAGCAACUCGUUGUACACAUCAAGGCAUGCCAUGGAUUACCUCUCAUAAAUGGACAAAGCUGUGAUCCUUAUGCAACAGUUUCUCUAGUGGGUCCUUCUAGGAAUGACCAGAAGAAGACAAAAGUAAAGAAGAAAACAAGCAAUCCACAGUUUAACGAAAUCUUUUACUUUGAGGUAACCAGAUCCAGUAGUUACACCAGAAAAUCCCAGUUCCAGGUAGAAGAGGAGGACAUUGAAAAGCUAGAAAUUAGGAUCGACUUGUGGAAUAAUGGGAACUUGGUCCAAGAUGUUUUCCUGGGUGAGAUUAAGGUUCCUGUGAGUGUGUUAAGAAAUGACUCCUCUCAUCAAGCCUGGUACUUGCUGCAACCAAGAGACAAUGGGAAUAAGUCAUCUAAAACUGAUGAUCUUGGAUCUCUUCGAUUAAAUAUAUGUUAUACAGAAGAUUAUGUGCUUCCUUCAGAGUACUACAGUCCUUUGAAAACUUUGCUGCUAAAAUCACCAGAUGUUCAGCCAGUAUCUGCCUCAGCUGCUUACAUUUUGGGUGAAAUAUGUCGAGAUAAAAAUGAUGCUGUUUUGCCCCUUGUACGACUGCUGCUGCACCAUGACAAACUUGUUCCUUUUGUCACUGCAGUGGCUGAAUUAGACUUGAAGGAUACCCAAGAUGCAAACACAAUUUUUAGAGGAAAUUCCUUGGCAACCCGAUGUCUGGAUGAGAUGAUGAAAAUAGUGGGAGGUCACUACCUGAAAGUAACAUUAAAAUCUAUUCUAGAUGAGAUAUGUGAAUCCUCGAAAUCUUGUGAAAUUGAUCCUAUUAAAUUGAAGGAAGGAGAUAAUGUAGAAAAUAAUAAGGAGAAUCUGCGCUACUAUGUGGACAAGUUAUUCAAUACAAUUAUAAAGUCAAGUAUGAGUUGUCCCACUGUAAUGUGUGAUAUCUUUUAUUCUUUAAGGCAAAUAGCUACUCAAAGAUUUCCAAAUGACCCUCAUGUUCAGUAUUCUGCAGUGAGCAGCUUUGUAUUCCUUCGUUUCUUUGCUGUAGCCGUAGUAUCACCUCAUACUUUUCAUUUGCGACCUCAUCACCCAGAUGCACAGACAAUUAGGACAUUAACUCUCAUCUCAAAAACCAUUCAAACUUUGGGAAGCUGGGGCAGCCUGUCCAAAAGCAAGUCAAGUUUCAAAGAGACAUUCAUGUAUGAAUUUUUUAAAAUGUUUCAAGAAGAAGGAUAUAUUACAGCAGUUAAAAAGUUCUUGGAUGAGAUUUCAUCUACUGAAACUAAAGUAUCCAGUGGAACAAGUGAACCUGUGCACCUGAAAGAAGGUGAGAUGUUUAAAAGAGCUCAGGGAAGAACUCGAAUUGGAAAAAAGAAUUUCAAGAAACGGUGGUUCUGCUUAACAAGCAGAGAGCUUACUUACCACAAACAGCCAGGCAAAGAUGCAAUUUAUACAAUUCCAGUAAGAAACAUUCUUGCUGUGGAAAAAUUAGAGGAGAGUUCUUUCAACAAGAAAAAUAUGUUCCAAGUGAUACAUACCGAGAAACCACUCUACGUCCAGGCAAACAAUUGUGUGGAAGCUAAUGAAUGGAUAGACGUACUCUGCAGAGUGAGCCGAUGCAAUCAGAAUAGACUUAGUUCUUUUCAUCCUUCUGCAUAUCUAAAUGGAAUCUGGCUGUGCUGUCAGGAGACUAGCGAAAACACUCCAGGCUGCAAGCCAUGUACUGCAGGUGUCCCUGCAGACAUUCAGAUAGAUAUUGAUGAAGAUAGAGAAACAGAAAGAAUUUAUUCCCUUUUUACCCUCAGUUUGCUAAAACUGCAGAAGAUGGAAGAGGCUUGUGGAACUAUAGCUGUCUAUCAAGGACCACAGAAAGAGCCUGAUGAUUAUUCUAACUUUGUAAUUGAGGAUUCUGUAACAACCUUUAAGACAAUUCAACAAAUAAAAAGCAUCAUAGAGAAGCUGGAUGAACCUCAUGAAAAGUAUAGGAAGAAAAGAUCAAGUAGUGCAAAAUAUGGGAGCAAGGAAAAUCCAAUCAUUGGAAAAACAUCAUAAGCGUUUGACCAAUUGAUUCAGAAGAACUGGAAAAUACUCUUUUUUCUUGAAGUUUUUCAAUUCUUCAUGUGUUUUGUUCAUAGUAUUUAAGAAUGAACAUUGGCUUUAGUAUCACCUGCAUUCACAUUAUAUUUAAUAUUUAAUGAUUGAAAUUAACUGUUUGGAAGUCCUGGUUUUAAUGUAUUACUAGAGAAUUUGAAAUCCAAGAUUUCCUUCAUAUCGUAUGUGUCCAAAUUCAUGUUUCUGCAACUUCGUAAUAGAAUCUUCUAAAGAAGUUUCCUAAAGAAGCUUUUUAACAAAGGGAGUACUUCUCCAUAGCAAGAAACCAUCUCUUCUUAUAACACUGUUCUGUGGACUUUUUUUCACUACCAUUAGUGCCUGCUCUAUACUGCCAACAUGUAUUUUACUAGAAAAUUUCAAUCCAUGUCAAUUCAGAGCUUUCCAUUAGUUCACCUAAACGCUCCCUCUUUUGUAAAAGAAAAAAAUUUUCCCUGUGGUCUAUUCAUUAUUACAGGUUACAUUAGAGACAGCAAGAAAAACUUUAGAAAACUGCCAGAGCAUUCUUGAAAGUUGGUAGAUCCUUUUGCCUAUGGAAAGUUGUAAACAGAAUUCAGAGGAAUCAGGGAAUAUGUGCUAUUGUGUACAUCAUGUUUACAUUUGGGAUGAGUGUUGGCAGAUGAAAUAAAAUGAAACCACUAAAAGUUUUUCAUUGUUUUAAAUAUCAGGUACUCAUUUCUUUUUUUUAAUUUGAGAAUUCAGAUUAACAUGACUUCUAAGGGCAUCUCUUCUGAACAAGAAGACAAAGUAAACAGUGAAAGAAGGUGGUGGGGAGAUCACUUGACCUCACCUGCUACUUUGUGUUAUAAUAAGGGCAUCGUAAAGACGCCUUCCUCAUAGUGUUAGGUUGAGAUCUAACUCGAGAACAGUCACUUGGCGCACUUUAAUAAUCUGGCCAACCCAGAUUAUACUUUAGAUACUCCACAGUAUCUAUCUUUAUGAUCAGUUGAAUGAUCAGUGUUUAAAUCUAGAAAUAGUACUUUCCUGAAAAUGUUUAUAUUUCUUUGCUGUUUCCUUAUUGCCUGCUAGCCAAAUGGAAUUUGGUUUGAAUCUUAUUUUUCCUUAAUAAUUUACUUUUGUCCUAAAAACUAUAACUGUAAAUAAGCAGUCGAAGCAAGUUGCCACCUUGAAGAGGAGGAAUAUACUUUGCUUCAUCAGUAUUAAAAUUGUGGUACUCUUAGUUUGUCUUUUUUAAUUCAGAACAUUUUCUAAAUGUGGUACCUUGAACUUUGGAGUAUUUAAAUAUGUUCCUGUUUAAAACUGUGACUUAUUAAUGUAAGUCUAGCCAGUAGUGCUUUUUUUUUAAUCUCCCUGAGUAUAAGCUAUUUUUCACAAUAUGUUUGCCAAUUAUAUUAUUGGUGGGUAUUUUUAAAUUGUAUUGUUAUUAGGUCAUUAUUUUUAAAGACCAUUGGCACACAAUCCAGGUUGUUCCAUUAGUGAUCCUAAUUGAGCAAUGUAUUUCUCUAUGUGAAUUGUAAAAAUCAGUUGGCUUUAUUUAAGAAUCAAUACUAUUUUGCUUUAUGAUUGGUUAUUACUCCUGGCUCAUUGUAAAGUCUGGAAGAAUCCUUUAAAUUUUAUGAAUCUAUAGAUUCCAUGAACUAUACUAAUUUAUGUGAAAAAGUUUAACCAUUUAAUAACCCUCUCGUGAAUUUCAUUCAGAUUAAAGUUCCUUUUAAUGGGACCAGGGAUUAGCUCAGUGGUUUCACCACCUGCUUUGCAAGCCCAAGGACCAGAGUUCGAUCCCCAAUACCAAAAAAAAAAAAAAUCCUUUUAAAAUUCUCUAAAAUGUCUGCCUAUAAAAGGAUAUGUGAGCAUUGCUGUGUAUCACUUAUUACUGCUUGGUGGCUUCUUGAUCUGCUGGAUUUUUGUUAUGGGGAGUUUAGCUUCUUGGGGAGUAGCCAAAAGAAAUACACUUCUAGCCUUUCUAAUAUCAAAUCCCUAACUAUAAUUAUUUUUAAAUAUCCAAGAAAGGUCAAAGGAACAAACCACUGCUCUCCUACAUAACAAUGCAUUUGAAGUCAUCUGGCUCUUUUCUUCACACAGCAUAUUUGAAUGAAUAAUUUGAAUGGAAAUAAUCAGUUUAGCACAGCCUUAGAAGAGAAAUGUGAAAUAAAUUUUCUUUGAAAAUAUUUUGCAAUAAGUAACUAUAUCAGUAGGACCAUAAGGCAACCACAGUCCUUGCUCUGGAGGCCUCCUUACUCUGCUGUUACUCAUGAGUGCUUUAAGGUUUACUGUACCUGAUCUGCUUUCUCUCCCUUUCCCAAAAGCUUUUUUAAAAGUACAUGGCAGCUUACUUCUCCCCCCAACACUUGAAAACCCCAGGGAGGACAGAAAAGGAUAUGGGAGAACUCUUGCUAAAAACACCAGUCCUAAUUCUUGGUUUAGCCAUUUCCAUUAAUUGAAAUUAUGAUGAUUUGUUGCUUGUUUUUGUUUAGCUUGUUUUUUAAUAUUCAUUUGAUAAGAUCAUGGACAGUAGCAAAUGUUUUUAUUUCCAGGAAUAUAACUUUAUCAAGUCAAACUAUUUUAUUUGCCAAAAAAGUAUGUUUUUAAUAUCACAAGUAAUGGUUACAUGUCAAAACUAGGCUUUUUUUAUUUAAAAAAAAAAAAAAAGACAAAUGAUGUAGCUGUUGUUUCAUCUUCUGAAACCUGGUUUCAUUCUUUACUAGAAAAGCUCUUUCAUGCCAGGUUUUGAAAAAGUUUUUUGGUUGGUUUUUUUUUGUUUUUUUUUUUUAAGCACCUUUAAUUUGCUCUAAUGGUACCUCCUGUAAAGACAGAAUUGUGCAUAAACUUUUAGGUGUCCUUGCGGUAUAUGAAAAAUACCAGACUCAUUCUAGAGUUAAAUUACCAAUCUUGAUUGAUACAGUGUUUGCAUUUUUAACUUGGAAAUUAAUAUGUUGCUAGUAAAUAUUGGUUUUUACAAGUGUCCAGUUUGAAAAUGUAAGUUAUCAAACUUAAUACAGUGAAUUUGUGUAACCAUAUUGUAUUGUUGAGAAUGUAUUUUUAUUUAAAUUUUAUUUUCUUAUCGAGAGUAUUAUAAAAAUUUAAAACUUUUGUAACUGUCGCUUGAAAAUAAC